CCCACAACCCAUAAUAAAUUACCCGACCUGCCACGAAACAAAUCUGGAUACCAAAAAACCCGCCCCGGCCCAGCCCAUUGCCAUUCCUACUCAUAACUUCUUUGUGUGUAUUAUUAUUCAUAACUUGUACAGAAAACUGGGUUCCCGUUAAAUUUUGUUUUAUGGGAAAACAAGAACCUCCAAGUUUCAUUUAUUAAUUAGUAUGAUAAUAAUAUCGGGUUAAAGACACAUUUGGUCACUGAGAUUACUAAAUUGGGACAUGUUUAGUCACUAGAAAAAAAUAAUAUCAAUUUUAGUCACUCGAAUUACUGGAACAGGUCACAUUUAGUCACUCUCCGUUAGUCUCCGUCCAACUCCGUUAAUAAAGUCUGUUAAGUGCUGAUGUGGCAAACAGAGGUACCACAUAAGCCAGAUAUAACCCAAGAAAAAUAAAACCCGCCACGUCAUUAAACUCAACCCAACCCAACCUUUCUUCCUCCUUCCUCCCACCUCCCACCUCCUCCUUUCCCCAAAACCACCACUGCAGCUGCUCUCCUCCUUCCUCCCACCUCCUCCUGCAAACCUAUUCAACCUAACCCAACACCAAAUAUGUUCGUCUCCUCUGUUACAUUUCUUCCCCCAAAUCCCAACCCAACCAAAAAAACCCCUUUCCCAUUUCUCUCCACAACAAUCUGAUCUACAUUCACAAAAAAAAAAUCAAAAAUCAAAAAGCCGGUUGUUACGAAUGCUUUGCCGCAACAAGCUACAACCGGUGAAUCCAGACCGCUGACGUUCGGGAUCUCCGGACCCAAGACAUGAGGAAGUGCCGAAGUGGAGCAGGUCUGAAAUCAACCAUUCCCGCAUCCCCAGCCGUCGUCUGGAAGCGAAAGAAAAAGGCGAUGAAUCAGCCGGAGUCAAAGCGCCGCCUCAUUCAACUCCGGCGACCAUCUUGUCGAGAAACCCAGAUCGACAACAACAAAAACAUCACUGCCUAACAUCUCCAUCCGACAAAUCUGAAGUCGGUUCGGCCAUAACCUACCGUCGAGAAAUCCGACGACCAGCAUCAUCAUCUUCCCGGCGCUCGUACUCAGUCCGGUCAAUCCUUCUCUUCGGCGACCAUGAGAGAAGCCGCCAGGUUCGAUUCGCAGACGAACACCGGCAUAUCUGUAAUCCCGCUACUAGACUCCGUUCUUGUCAACUUAAACCCAAAAAUUUUAGAAGCCCAGCCGGCGGUUCUGAAUCAGGAAAAGAAGUCAUCGCUACUGUUGUUGUUGCUGAACGUCGGCCGCGAAGAAACCCUCUGGGAACUGAGAAUUCAACCCUUUCAAUUGUUGCUUUUUCCUUGAUUUCUUUGAAUAUCUCCUGUUAGAGAUUGAUUACGAGCUUGAUGGAUUGGAGCAAAUUGAAGCUGCGGAUGACGGUGGUGUACUGAAGAGUUGCAGAAUCUUUGGAGACGUGAAAAACGAUUGGGUUUUGUAUGGGACUGGAGGAAGAAAUCAGAAGGGAGAGAUGGGGGAAGAUGGAAAGGAAAAGGAGGAAUCAGAGAAGAGAAGUGGAAUCAGAAAGGUUGGGUUUGGUUUAUGGGUCGGGUGGGUGCAUGGGUUGGUUGGGCAUAUGACAUGGUGGGUUUUAGUGACGUGGCGGAUCGGGUUUGACCAUUUCCGACUCAAAACGGCGCUAACUAGGCACCUUUGUUGUCCACAUCAGCACUUAACAUACUUCAUUAACGGAGUUGGACGGAGACUAACGGAGAGUGACUAAAUAUGACCUGUUCCAGUAAUUCGAUUGACUAAAAUUGAUAUUAAUUUUUUCUAGUGACUAAACAUGUCCCAAUUUAGUAAUCUCAGUGACCAAAUGUGUCUUUAACCCUAAUAAUAUCCUUUCUUUUUGUUAUAUGGAACCGACUCCCUUUAUCGUUCCACCGAGUAUCCGGCUGUCUGCCGAAUUAAAUUCCCAGGUUACUUCGUUCCAUCUCAUGGAUCAAAAAAGUCUACAAAAUGGACAAUUAGUUUUUAUGUACAGAACAUGGCUUCGUCCGUAGUCUAUUAAUUGAGCUCUCUGCCAACUUAAUAUCAAAUUUUAUUCUAAUUAAUUGAACGGAUGUAUAUAACACAAGUGUUGCCGCGGCAGCCAUUAAUUAAGAAAGUCAGGCCAUGCAGUUCGCACCUUCUUGCAUGUUCUUGGUCAUAUAUCUCAUGAUAUCCAGCCCGGCCGCAGAUGACGAUGGAUGUUUCAACAACUACUGUUUAGUUUCGCGUAUUAUGGAUCUUAUUUCGUUUACUAACUCAUCUUUUGAACGAAAUUCAAUUUACAUCAUAACAACAGUUCUAUGCCUCAUGCAUGGAUAGACCGACGAACAGCCGCUAGUAGCUUGGCGGCAUCACAAUAUAAUUAAAUUCGCAACAUUGAUAAUUAAUGAUUCAACCCCACCCAGCUAUAAAUUGAUUAUAAGCCUCCCUCCACCGGCUUCCUAAAGCUAGGCCCGGCGGGUACGGUUGAAAGUUGAAAGCAAGCAGCAGCAGCAGCCAUUAAUUCAGCUCUUUAAUUCCAAGCCAAUAGUUACUUUUCUUCACUGAAUAAUUACUACUUAAUUAAUUAGUAUACUUAAUAAUUAAUAUCAACACUACUCCAAUAAUUCUCAGGAGAGUCGCAGUACGUACCACCGCCCCGUACCUGCUGCACCACCACACGGUUUUUGGGCAGAGUGGCUCGAUUAACUCAUUAAUUUAAUUUAAACAACCUGGCUAAUAUAAUCAAAGCAUAAUUAGGGCCUUAAUCCACCACUGCUAGUACUCAACCUAAUCAUCAUCAUCAUCCAUUCGAUCGAAUGCAAUAAUUUUGUGUGAUAAUGAAAUUCUAGCUACAACACCGACACAAGAUAUGAGUUCGACUUCGACCUCCAUCCAACCUAGCUAGCUCAAGCCCAGUUGUCAUUCCGCGCUGCCGACGUCGUGUUCCAAAUUCAAGUCACCUAACCUAUUGUAAUGCAUGCAAAACUCAUUUUAACAAACUAAUGUCGCGGAU